CCUCGCCCUGUGCAUCUAUAUCAAGAAUCGGGAUCAAUUGCCCUGAAUUUAUCUAGUGCAGAUAUUUGCAACAUAAUUGUGAUUGCUCUCUCUAUUUACACAUUUGCUUAGUGCAGGUAUUGAACAAUCUCAACAUCCACUUGCUAUUCGCACACUCGCAAACCCCUCCAUUUGACAGGGACCCAUUUAAGGUGACAAUAUGGUCAAUACUGGAGCCAAAUCUGGACCAGGGAUUUACUCUGCUACUUACAGCAAUGUAGUUCCGGUGUAUGAGUACUUGUUCGGAGAGGCUCUCAAAGAACAUGUUAUGCGAAGACGACAAGAUGAUUGGAUCAAUGCGACACACAUAUUAAAAGCUGCUGGAUUCGAUAAACCUGCCAGAACAAGAAUUCUUGAAAGAGAGGUUCAGAAGGAAGAACAUGAGAAGAUUCAAGGUGGAUAUGGAAAAUAUCAAGGUACUUGGGUUCCUCUUGAGAAAGGUCAAUCUUUGGCACAAAGGAACAAUAUAUAUGAAAAACUCCGGGAGAUCUUCGAAUAUACACCUGGUGAAUUUAGUCCACCUCCAGCGCCAAAACAUGCCACGAAUAAGCCAAAGGUCAAGAAACCUGCAGUACCGAAAUGGGGAGCCAAACCGGUACCUAUUCAACAAGCAGUGGUCGCCCGCCAAGUCGAAGAGAAUUACGAUACCAUUAGCACUCAAUUAAAUGAUGAUGAAAGUGUGCCAGAUGAUGUUACAGUUGCUUCCGCUUCAUAUAUGGCAGAAGAUGAUCGAUUCGAUAUGUCUCAACCACCUACUGGGCAUCGAAAGCGCAAAAGAGGUGAAAGAGAUGAUUUUCAUGAAGAAGACCCUGUGGACGUUCGAGCACAAGCUCAUCUUAUGUGGGCUGAUGAACUCUUGGAUUAUUUCAUGGCACCUCCCACCGAUGCGAACUCGACAGAUAGAAGACCCGAACCACCAAUAAAUUUCGAGCCUAACUUCAUUAUCGACACAGAUGGUCAUACGGGUUUACAUUGGGCCGCAUCAAUAGGUGAUGUGGAUAUAUUAAAACAACUGAAGAGAUUCGGUGCGAAUACAACUUGUCGGAACAGUCGUCAAGAAACUCCACUCAUAAGAUCAGUUCUUUUCACAAAUUCUUAUGACAAGCAGAAUUUUCCUCUGAUUGUUAAAGAAUUGAUCGGUACUGCCAAUGAAGUAGAUUCAUGUGGAGCUACAGUUCUUCAUCAUGCAGCAGCGACCACCAACAUGAAGCAAAAGUUCAAAUGCGCUCAAUAUUAUCUGGAUGUUCUUUUAGAAAAAUUUAUUGAAAUCUAUCAUCCAGAUGAGGUUCAAAGAUUACUAGAUGCUCGAGAUAUCAAUGGAAACACAGCAAUCCAUAUCGCGGCCAAAAAUAAAGCCCGCAAAUGUGUACGAGCUUUAAUGGGUCGUGGUGCUUCAACAGAUAUUCUAAAUGAUAUGGGCGAGACGGCCGAAGAAAUAAUUCAAGACUUGAACACCUCCCCCGCUUCUUCUUCGCCUUUUGCACCAGACUCGGCACGUCAUAUUUCUCACUAUGAUGAUCUUGAACAGGAAAAUCCUCGAGGGGUUGCUCACAUUUCAGAAGCAGCAAUGACUCUGAAAAAUAACGCGGAACCGAUUCUACUAGAGAGGUUACAUGCAUUAGCUUGUAGCUUUGAUGAGGAAUUGGCAGAAAAAGAAAAUGCAGAGGCAGAUAGCAAGAGGAUUUUAGAAGGGGUGAAGAUGGAAUUAGCAGGGGUCAGAGAGCAAGCUAGGCAAUUGGCGGAAGAAGAGGAGGGUGAAGAAAAUUCCAUUGCUGCAAAAGCGCAUCUAGUCGGCUUACAAGAAAGAGUUCAGAGUCUAGUAGAGCGACAACAACAACUUCUCCUUCUUUCCCGCACGCAACAUGAAGGAUCAAAAAUAAAUGGUCAUGGAGGAGGUCAAGUCAAUGGAAAUGCAGAUUUAGAGGAAGGGGAAAAUGAGAGGAUCAUGGUAGCUCAGCAGCUACAAGAGGAAAUUGAGAGGAGAAGGGCGUUAGUAGGGGAAUAUAUUGGAGCGCUUGGAGUUGCAGGUGGUGGAGAUGAGGGAGAACUUUAUAAGAGGGUUAUUGUUAGGGAUUUGGGAGUGGAUGAGGAGAAGGUGGACUUAGUGAUGAGGGGUUGGAUGCGCUGA